AUAGUAGAGUCGUGUAAAGAAAAAGAAAAACAAAAAAUAAGAGUCCGAGGCCAAGCUAGGCUGCGGGCGCAUGCCCGUGACGUCGGCCACUGCUCAGCUGCGUGCGCGCUCCCGUCGUGCACCAUCAACAUGGCGCUCGCCGCCGGAUCAGGAGUUAAAGUUCCUCGCAAUUUCCGGCUACUUGAAGAGCUGGAGGAAGGGCAGAAAGGUGUGGGUGAUGGAACAGUCAGCUGGGGUCUUGAGGAUGACGAGGACAUGACCUUAACUAGGUGGCGAGGAGUCAUCCUUGGCCCGCCACGAACGAGCUACGAAAACAGGAUGUACAAUCUGAAGGUUGAAUGCGGGCCAGGAUACCCGGAGUCGCCGCCCUUUGUCAGAUUUGUGACCAAGAUAAACCUGAACGGCGUGCACACCUCCAACGGCGUGGUCGACAUGCACGCGGUGACGGCGCUGGCCAAGUGGCAGAACUCCUACAGUAUCAGGACCGUGCUGCUGGAGCUGCGGCGGCUCAUGACCUGCAAGGAGAACAUGAAGCUUCCUCAGCCGCCCGAGGGCCAGAUCUAUACCAACUGAGCCCCUGCGCGUCUUUUCCACCUCCUUCCCCUCAUCGCAUCCACAUUCUAUCGGUCGAGCGAGAGAACGCAAGCUGAAAACCACAAGAACAACGCAGACGCGCACUCGCCAUUAGCUACGCACGUCAUUCCGGGUGGCUUCACACUGGAUUCCUCACUUGUGACCAUUGGUAUACGACACAUCUUUCUGGAUGAUUUGUGGACAUGGCAGAUUGUACAAUAACAUAAAUAAUCUUAUGAAGUGUA